AUGACGGCCACGCAAAAGAUUUCUGAAAAAUUGAAGUACAAGGCGGUAAAAAAACCGAACACAGUUGGCUCUCUGCCAGACCUCCCUUGGGCACUUUUUUUUUCACCGGGUAUUUUUACGUUUGCUAUUUUUGCAGCAGCUGCCGUGAAACUGAAUAAGCGAAAAGCAGAUAUAGCAAUAAACUGGAUGGGUGGCCUGCAUCAUGCGAAGAAGAGCGAGGCAAGUGGAUUCUGCUACACAAACGAUAUUGUUCUUGGGAUUCUUGAGCUCCUCAAGUAUCACAAAAGGUUCCAGUGCUUUCAAAUCUUAUAA